GGCCGCGCGGUCCCGCCUCUCCCCGCCGCGCCCCCUCCCUGCUGGGGAGGGUUCCGGAGUGUCCGCGGAGGUCGGCGGGUCGCGGAGUCGUGGCUACCCGAGCCUUUUUACCCCCCCUCCCCCAUCUGUCCUUUUAUGGGCCAGAACCCGCCAUCACUUCAGAACCUAGACAGCGAUGACGUUUGCAGAGGAAAAGACUUACGAGUAUAUCCGCUACCAUUACAGCAGUUUUGUCGACCGCAUUCAUGUUCUGGAGAUACUGCCUUACCUGUCCUGCCUCACCACAAGUGACCAGGACCGACUGCGGGCCUCUUGCCAGCUCUCUGGGAACCAGGGCACCCUCUGGGAGCUCUUCAACAGCCUUCGGCGGCGGAUCGGCUGGGUGGAGUCCCUCAUCAGUGCACUAAGGGCCUGUGAGCUGGUGGAUCUUGCUGACGAAGUGGCUCGCAUCUACUACAGCAACCUGCCCGGCCUUUCCUGUCAUUGGGAGCAUCCAUGAUUCCCCCUUGACAUCACUCUGUCUUUGCCUCCAGCCCCAGUGGAGCCACAGUUAGUUCCUGCUGAGGUUCCACGGUCCUCUAAACCUGCUGUGGCCCCCAGGGCCCCCCACAACGGCUACAGAGAGGAGGAGCCAAGUUUCCCCUUGCCAGUCCAGGAUACCCAGCCAGCAGAGUCCCCGGAAGAGAGUUCAAAGAAAGUCCCACCGAUGCCCCAUUCUGGGGAUGUCCUGAGGAGGCCCGCUGGCCCCCUGGAAACCUCCUCUGACAUGGCGGCCUUCAACCCUCUGACCUUCAGUGGACAUCAAGAGCAGGACACAGAACUAGGCGGUGCCCACACACCAGGCACGGCCUCCAGCCUCCCCUCAUCCCGUGGGCCUGUGUCUCCAUCUGUCUCCUUCCAGCCCCUGAGCCGUUCCACCCACAGGGCGAGCCGUUUGCCUGCACCCUCCGCGGCAGCGCCAUCUGCUGGUACCUCCUCCUCAUCCAUGGGCUUGGCCUGUGCAGGGGGCUCUGGUGACCACUGUGAGGCCGGUGUCUGCUCCACGGGGCCUGGGGUGUCCACAAGCUCACUGACCACCAGCAUUGCGUCCUCCAGGGUUCCUGCCAGCUCAGCACUUGACAGAGCAGUGCCUUCCAAGUUGCCUGCCAGCUCAAAACCCUCAGGGGCAGUAGCCACUAAUGUGCUCACAAGUCUGCCACCGUCCAAACUACCCAUCAACUCAGUGCGUGCUGGCACAGCAGCACCCAGAGUGCCUACAGGCUUGGUGCCCGAGCCCAGGAUGUCCACAAGCACGGUGCCCAGCAAGGCGCCCGCCAGCACUGUGCCCACCGUCAGGAGCCACACACCCUCAGGGGAGACUGCAGGAGCUCCAGGGCCCACCAUCUCCACCAGAGACAGCUUGCCCGAACCAAACCCCAGCUCUUCUGGCUGGGAGUCCGAGUUGGAGCUGAGCAAGCCAGGCUGUCUGGCCUCCCGGGUAGACAGUGAGCCAUUCUCGGGCUGCUCUGCGGACCUGGCCCUCAGCUACAGCAAGUCGUUGGACGCGGGGCCUGACAAUGCCCCAGAGGAGAACGAGUACCAGUCGGUAGAUUCCAUUAGGAUCCAAGUGACCCAGGAUCCCAGCGUUGACCUGCUGGAGGGUAAUCCUGGGCCGCGUGCCACCCCGGAGCCCCUGGAGGAGGAGGAUUACAUCCAGGUCAGCACCUGGGCUCCGUGGCUCAGGGCAGCUGCUACUGGGGUGUUCCUGGCCUUGUUCCUGACAGUGGUCUACAGGCGGCGCCUGCUCCAGUGAAGCCUCUGGGUCCUCUGUGCUGGGAAUCUGCUCCCUUACCCAGAGGACAUCCAGCCCAAGCACGGACUGUGCUGUCUUCCUGCCUUGUCCCUUUUGUGGGGCUGGUGGAGCCUGGGUCAGAGGGGAGCCAGGGGGCCUCAGGCCACAUUUCUGUCCCAGCUCAUGCCCUCUCCAUAUGCUACAGACCUUGCCUACCCUGCAAUCUGGAUUAUCACCUUUAUUCUCUGGAGGAGGUGAGGUAUGCCCAUCCAGGCUGUAUACCCAUUUGUCUGAGUCCACAGAUCAAGAAGUACCACUGGUUGGCAAUGCCCCCCAUCCUGCCCUUGUGCUGGGUGGCUAGCAGAUGUGCAGCGGCAGUGGUGGGGCAGGGCGGACCUCCACAGGACCUUGCUCCAGACCCCAAAAGCCCAGCCAUUGCUCUAGGAGCAUCAGGGUGGUCCAUCUCCAGGGACAUGGCUGCUUGUGGUCCCUCAAGAGGUGGAGGAGGUCCAGACAUUCUCCUGGACCUUGGGGAAAUGUAAGCUGCUGGGCUAAGGACUGCCUCUGAAGCCUCUCUCCAGCCUCCUCACCCCCAUCUUCCUUUCCUUCCCUUCUGGUCU